UACAUUUACACUAUUCUCCCAUCGCUAGACAAUGCAAAUAGCUAGCCGACUCUGUCAAGAAAAAUUGUUGAGAUCCAGAGAUUUUGUUACCAUGGUAACGUGAGGUCAAACUUCCCCUCUCAAAAGAGCCACAUUAAAGAAUCGAUGGUGCACGUUGAUAAGAUCUAAACGAAUAGUUUGAUCAGUGUAGCUUCAAUGAUUAUAUUGCAGCUAUUUAUUUCCACAGACCGAGACAGGGAAGCGUAAGACUGAAAAGCCAUCCUGAUAUUGAUUCUGAAGAGUUUGAAUUGAGACCAAUUGAACCCAGGUGCUUAAACAGUUUAUGAUUAAAGUAAAAUAAAUUUUAAUUUCUUUCUUUGGCCGGGAAAUGAUAUUUGUUCCUUGUUUGUUCAGUAUGAAGGAGUACUUUUAUUACAGAAAUGGUUUAACAUCGCCCCAUGUACGUAAAUCACCGAAUCCGGAAGCCGGAAAAAUUUUGCAUGUGGAAUCCUGAAUCCUGGGCUUGGAAUCCGGAAUACAACUCAAGGACUGUAGAAGUCCUACUAAAGAUUGGAAUCCGGAAUCCAAGUUCCAGUGACAAAGACCGGAAUCCGGAAUACACGGCAUGGGAUUCAGAAUCCAAGACUGUCCUGGAUUCUCUUACAUGGGGCGAUUAAGAACUUUAACUAACAUUCUGCUUUACGUUAACUUUCUUGUAGAACCACGUCUCCUCCAAGACCAAUCGCAGGUAAAUAGACCUAAAAUGAACACUAUCUUAAACUCAAGUUCCUUUUCUUUUAAUUUAUAUUAAAUUACCUGGCUCUGGCUCCUUGGUUUUUAUUUAUGACGCCGACCGAAGUAUUUACAUUAACUCUGCUUCUGUUUAGGGCGAAGGUUUAGAAAUUCUGAAUCAACCCAAGACUUGCUACGACGAGGCAAAUCACUUGAGCGACGAGUGUCCCUUGACUCCAAUGAGAACCAGUUCAUUGUGUCAUUUGGAGUUGAGGACCAUAUGUCUGCGCAUGUGAACCCAGUGCUGACCAUUGGUGAGUACGGACGUCCCUCAUGCUUGAUAGCCUGUGGCGUUUGAAAGAGAGAGAAACGAGAGAAACCACAUGCGCGCGCGAGAACGCACAUUUUAAACGCCUUCUACCAAGGCUGCAUUCCUGAUUCAUUCGCAUAUCUAGAUCUUUUCGUUCUCCUUUGGCGUUUUGAAAAAUGCAAUUGAGAAAGCGUUGACUUCUGAAGUUUUAGGGUUCACCUGUGUAUUUGUUACAUGACAUCAAAAUUUUGCUAAAGUAACAGUCAAGGAGCACAAGAAAUAUCUAACGCCUAUACUUGAAAGGCCAAACUUAUUGUUUGCCAUUAUAGUUCUUAAUUUAUUUUGCUCCCUUAAGGUGAUUUGCGUUCGUUUUGAUCGUGCACGGUUGCUCAAAGCAAUUGUUGUUUUGUUGAACUGUUUUGGAGCAGGCACACACAUACGUGUUUUUAUCAUGCGCUGAGUUUUUAAUUGCAAACUUGAUUCCUCGGUUGUCUAAAGUCUUUUAGUUAGCCUACAUAGCAAGGGCGGGGCUCUCGAGCUGACUCGCCUCAUACUUCUUGCCGUUCCAUCUACAAAACGCUGACCAAUAAAACACUCGCGUGCGUCAAGUCACUCCAUCUGCGCAGACCACCUUUUUAUUCUAAAAUUCACUGAAAACUCGUUAAAGCUCGCUUUGGUCGUUAAUUAUGCAUGGAAUAUAGAACAUUUCCUUUGAUAGAAUGAAAUAUAGAACAUUUCCUUUGAUACCAUGUUCUACGAUCAUUUUGAUUGGUCAUUACUAAGUAAGUGAGUAAGUUUGUUUAUGUUUAUCUCAGAACUUGAAUCGAUUCCUCCGCCCCUUCAGCACACAGAUAUUGUCCUUUGUGACGAUUCGUGGCAAGGAUCAGAGCCACAACAAGCACUAGUAUUUAACGAACAAGACUUAGAUGACUUAAAUGACAGCGGCAUAGAAGAAGAGGCUUCCUAUGGCCCCAGAAAAUUUGCGAAUGAAAAUACGCAAAGCGGACUUAAACCCGUCCCUCUCUACGCAGUCGUUAAGAAAUCGUCUGUAGACAGAAGCAAUGCUAACGUUACCACUGAGGGCCAGGCAACUGAGCCGUUCUAUCAUAUUUUGGAAGGACCCGGGAAUGAUUCAGAAGCAUCGGAGGAGAAUUGGGAAGAGCAAAUCAAAACAGCACGUUUUUAUCAGUCUCUGAUGCAGUGUAAGCAGGAUAUUCCUGAAGGGAAAAAUAAGACAUCCAAUCAAGAAAAUAUGCAUGGUUUGACAGAAGGUCAUGUCAUGUCCAGGAAUUCAAUUUAUCAGUCCCUUUCUCCCCCCAAGCGUGACGUGUCAAAUGAGAAACUCGACUUGACUGAAGAUGAAUCAAACCGAGUAAAGAAUGUUCAAAAGGAGUCUACAGGAUUUUAUCAACCUCUAUUAAAUAGAAGUGAAGGUCGAUCCCGUUUACAUCUACACAGUGAUAGGCCCCGGUCAGUUUUAGGUGUAUAUCAGCCGCUGAGAAGUGAUUCUGAUAAUAUUGAACCCCUCGUCAGGUGUUUCUCUGCCCCUACACAGGAAAACCCAGGAAAUGUUCAUCCCAUGCGCCCUAGAUCUGGGAACGAGGAAGGUUUGUCAGAACCCAUCUAUCACACAGUAGACGAUGAUGAUGACUCUGACCGUUGUCCACUGAAUCUAGAUGUACCAGGAAGUUCUUUCCCUUCUUCCGGGAGACGCACAUCACAGGGGAGCCUUACAGCCCAGCAGAGAACAAUCCACGAGCCAUUAUACAUUGCAGUUCAAGUGACACCCACACGAUCAAGCAGAACAUUCAACAGUGAGCAGGAGCCAAGGUAUAGUCCAUCACCUGUCCGCAAAAACGCCGCGACUCUUACGCCAACUUCCAGAGGCCACCGGAGGAAUUUUAGUGACGUUGGUCGUGCUUUCCCGAUAACGGUCGGCAGUAUGGGUGCUGACGGCAGAAGUCCGCCUUCUGUACAUGAAGGAUGCCCAACCAAUCCGUUGCCACUGCGUCUCGGGCACCGUCGCAAUUGGAGUGAUGCAGGUCUCUGUCCAAUUGAUCUGAGUCAGAAGAAUGCGGCAGAGCGGCCGACCUUAAGCGAAAGUAGUCUGUCAGCAACUACAAUCCCUCAGGAAUCAGGGGAUACAAGCUCAUCUGUUGGAAGACGAAGUGUAAGCCCUUUGCCUCGCCAUCUCGGGCACCGUCGGAUCAGGAGCGAUGCCGGGUUCUGUCCCGUUAAUUACAGCCAAGGAAAUGUUUCGCAUCGCGGCGAGACAUCUGCCAACGAAACUAAAGGCUCUGGUGCUAUUACUAAUCCACGAACUGAGGGUACAAGCCCACCGGUCAAAAGACCUAGAGAAAGCCAGUUAGUUCGUCACAUUGAACAGCACAGAAAUAGAAGCGAUAUCGGGAUCGGUACAGUGGAGCUAGGUCAAGGGAAUGCAUCGCGGCGAAUGACUUCGAUAAGCGAUAGCGGGCUUCCACAAACACCGAGUCUUGGGUCCCCUGAAACUAGCGAAUUUUCCAGAUCUGCUACUGACGCAACACACUGUAGAGUUUAUAUCGGUCCAUAA